UUUUUUCGACUACUAGAUCGUACGUUCCAGAUGACUUUUCUCAUCGCGGUUCCAGUUUUAUGUUAUAGAAGCGCAAUAUUUCGACAUGCCGAUCGUGUACGUACUCGAUAUCAGCGGUGACAAAAUUAUUGUGCAACAAUAUCGACCGUGCAUGGGAGGAGAGGAGGGGGGAGGGAGAAACCAGCCACUUACGAGAGUAUCGUGCAAUCGACACGCGAGAGAAUCCACGAACGGAAUUUUAGAGCAACGGUCGGGAUGCGCCUUAGAACGAGAUUCUCAAACGCGUUUCUGGGCGUACGUCGGAUGACGAAACUUCGUGCCAAAAGCUGGUGAGCGCGAGAGUAGGAGGGAGAAAGGGGAUAGAGGCAAAGACGGGAGGAGAGAAAGAGUGAGAUGGAGAUAGAGAUGGAGAGAAACAGCGAGCCAAAUCGUAACCGCUCGAUAUUCAUAGCGUGAGAACGAGAUUGGUCUCCGAUAUUCGCGCGCGAUUUUCGACAAACGAGAAAGAUCUCUUUUUCUCUCUGGCGAGAGCCAGAGAAAUAGACGCGGACACAAAGCGACGCGAUGCCGAAAUGACGUCACGUUAUUGUCGCGUAAACGGAAUCUGAACAGACGACGACGAUGAUGCCGGACGACGAUCGCGAACUCGUCGUCUCGAUCGCGGAACGAACACGGAAAUCCAUGCCAUCGUUUAUUAUCGUUCGAUAUCCAGCCUCGGCCGAGAGCUGCUGACGCCGUGACCGACGGUCGGAUGUCUUGUCGACGGGUAGUAGGCGCGCGCGCUAGAUCCCGUCCGAAAAACAUUCGACUCGACAACGUCGUCGGUACGAGUUCCGGCAGAAGUCACUAGACGCGUCGUCAGUGGCGAAUUAAGGCACGCGAGGGCACCAGGGAAAUGAAAAUUUCAAUAAAAAAUUUCGAAUUCCCGGUGGGCAGAAUUCACAGGCAUUUGAAAAACAGAACCACGAGUCAUGGUCGAGUAGGUGCCACUGCGGCAGUGUACAGUGCGGCCAUUUUGGAAUACCUCACGGCCGAAGUAUUGGAGUUGGCGGGAAAUGCAUCAAAGGAUUUGAAAGUUAAACGUAUUACACCUAGACAUCUGCAACUUGCCAUACGUGGUGAUGAAGAAUUAGAUAGUCUCAUUAAAGCAACUAUUGCAGGAGGAGGCGUCAUUCCACAUAUCCACAAAUCGCUUAUUGGCAAGAAGGGUUCGCAGAAACCAGCAUAAUUUAGCGAUAAUUGAUAUGGAACAUUUCAAGAUUUGUGGGCAAAUGGGAGGAGGAAAGAGUUGAUCCAGUGUUUGUUGACAAAGUGUACCUAGGUUACUAAAUCGAUGAAGAGACUGGCGUGAUAUAUACAUAGAGAUAUAUAUAGAUAUA